AUGGUGCCCACCGAUAAGCCCGAGGCCGCCAUUCAGAUGCUUAAAGGAACCGGUGUAACCGCGUAUAUGAACACCGAUACCGUCCGGCGGGCACUACACGUACGGCAGGGCAGUAAAAGGUGGUCUACUAUUGGCGGGCCCUACGACCCAAUACACUAUAUGACCCCACAGGCAGACACUGUUCAACAAUUGAUAAAUACGUAUAAAAUACCAAAACUUAUUGUAUAUAACGGCGACUUUGAUUCGGUGUGUAAUUUCAUUGGCGAUCAGAGGUUUGUCGAUAGUCUGGGCUUUAAAACCGCUGGUCAUUACAGGGAGUGGACAGUUGACGGCAGCAGCGAUGGAGUGAUCGGCGGUUUUGUACAGAAUUAUGAAAAGGGGUUGAGUUUUGUUGUGGUUCGCGGCGCCGGACAUAUGGUGCCCACCGAUAAGCCCGAGGCCGCCAUUCAGAUACUCAAAGGGGAGUGGACAGUCAACGGCACCAGCGAUGGAGUGAUCGGCGGAUUUAUACAGAAUUAUGAAAAGGGGUUAAGUUUUGUUGUGGUUCGCGGGGCCGGACAUAUGGUGCCCACCGAUAAGCCCGAGGCAGCCAUUCAGAUGCUCAAA